UCGCGCCCCCGCACCCCUCCGUCGCUCGGUCGACCGCUGAUACCGAACGUGCGUACGCUUGCGUACACGUCGUUACUACUUACUACUACGCUUUACUACUGACACCCGCGUACUACUACGAACAGUGGCGUAUCGACGACCUUUCGCCCCGACCUUCGUUCCGCGAGCAACCGCGAGAUUUCUUCCGAGAAAUUUUCGGGAGAGCGGGAGCGGAGACGCGCACUCCGCGACGACACGAUUUAUGCGCGCUAUUUCCUCCCGGUUUCCUCGCCAAGUUACUGCAGAGCGCACCGAAUCUCGAUUGCGAGUUGUUACGUAUCUAUUUUAUUUAUUAGCUUCCCCAAUCUCUCUAUUCCCUUCACUGAAAUUCUAUCCAAUUGUCGGAUCCUCUUCUUCAAAUUGAGAAUGACGGAUGAAGAAUAUAUUUUAGUUAACUGUGUAAUAAUAUACAUUUUUUCCUAAUAUAACUUUAAUUUAGGCCUCAUUAAAAUUAAAUAAGUAACAUAAUAAUGAAUGACAGAUUCUCGCGAGUAUAAUUGCAUUUAUCAAAUUUUGUAAUUAAAAAGUUUUGCUUGAAACCAAAUUUAUUUCUGCGAAAGUAGGACGUACCGUUAUCAAAUUCAGCAAGUGCUGCAGCGGUGUGAAAUUCGAUGCAUAUUACGAGAUGUUAAAAGCAGAAAUCACGAGUCCUUUGCGCGUAUCGUGGUCUUACUAUUGCGAAUUUCUAUUUCUGAAAAGAUCUGGGUUGACUAACGAAAACUCAUGGUUGAAAAUAUUCGUGCCAAAUUGAAACGGAGACCGGGUAAAUCGGCCACUAUGGAUUCGAUCCCAUUGGGAUAUAUUUCUGGACUGUGGGCCAGACUCUGUCCUCGUUCCUCAUUCUUAACCCCUUAAGUAAAACUUUAUUUUCUGCUUGGUUGCGAGUGUAAUUUUUCCGAGCUCUCUCGCGCGCGAAACGAAAAUAAUUCAUUUAAUAGACACCGAGAUUAAUGAAGCGUAUAAAUUGGAUAAUGAGAUCUUAAUCGAGUUAUUUUCUGGAAAUAUAUCUACCCACGAUGUAGACCCACAAUUUCCCUUUUUAUAUAUAUAUCGAGGAAUAUAUAUAUUUGAGAAUUGCACUAAACUUUGAUUUAUCGAUUAUGGUUUUUCUCCAAAAAAAAAAAAAAAAGAAGAAAAAACGCUCAUACAUCACGUUAAAGAUACAUGGAUAUUUUUUCCGCAUACGUUUCACAUAUAGGUAUUUCGAUUUAUAUCGAAAGUAAGGAUCUUUAACGUAGCAAUACAUGUACGCGGUGUGUGCGCAAAACUCACGUCCGAACUUUCCAUCUCCGUAGCGGUAACGCGGGAACACGGAAAGCGGAGCACGGAAUUUAGUACCCGUUGUCAAAAGUUGCACAAUAUCCAUGCUGCCACUUUGCCUGCGAGUAACUCGACAAUACGAGAGUUUGGCGCGCACGUUCGGGGUUGCGCGUAGGUCGGGAAACAUUAAAUUCAAGCGACCCUUCCGCGGAGCAGAUUACCACUGACUUGUGUCCCCGUGUAGGAGACGACGUAAAUUUGCGGGAAUGCUCGGAUAGGCCACGUUUACAUCGGUGUUUACAAUUAUAUCUGGCGGGAUAUUAAGAGGCGACGUAAUAGGGCAAGGCCGAUGAAUGAUGACCAUUUGCCCAUUAUUCAUCGUGCUUCCUCCGCUAUCGCGAAAGCGUAAACUACAGAAUGGAAAGACGUGAUUUAAUUUUGUGCUGCCGAGAUAAGAUCGAUUACUAUGAUGCGAUAUAAAUAACAUUACUAUUACGUUGUGGUUUGGACAUAAAGCCAAGUUUGUAUCUAAAUGUUGGAGGUAAGCGUCACAUUUGAAUGGAGUUGAAAUAAAGUUACAUACUGCAAUAUAAUUUACGAUAAUCGUGAAAAAUCUUGACAAUGAAAAUUAUCGUCGUAGAUAAGACGAUAUAAAUUUUCACGAUAGACAUACAGACACAAAUAUUUCUUUGAUUAAUUAAAAAAUAAUAUAUAAUUUAUAAUUUCUUGCCGCAAAAGUUGAAGUAGUAACGUAUGACCAUGCGACGGCGCAUGGUAAUAAGGUAGGAAUUUGUCGUAUAAAGAAAUCAAUUUUUCCUCGCAUUAAGGAUCCGGCACAUCGUUAAGAGAGUUUCCGCCCACUUUAUAAUGUAGACGAGGGUAUACCAAGAAGGAAAAAGAGAGAAGAAGGGCGGGAGCAGUGGAGGGUAGAAAAAGCGUCGCGGAUUAAAUUGGAGGCGGAAAGUGUGCGUGGUGCGCGGCAUUAGUAUACCGUGCAUACGCCAUUACAACAUUCCCCGAUGUCCACGCGUUACAACGCGUUACUACUGCUACUACUACCACCGCUAUAUUGUCACCACCGUCCAUUACGCUCGCGCCGUACUCCUCGCGCGUCUGGUGGGGAAGAAUCCGGUCGUCCGUCCGUUCCCCUACCUCGUAAAUCAUCGCGAUGGGCAUCCACGUAGGUCACUGGAUACGUCGGCGAAAUAGCGACGGGAUGGACCGAGCGGUGGUGGUGGUGGUGCUGGUGGUGCUGGUGAUGGUCGUGGUUGGAGGAGUAUGGGAGCUAGGAGAAGGAGAGCAGCCGUUCGUUUCGAGAGACGAGAGAUCGUGAUUUUCGAGGCGGAUGUUCCAAGAUCGCCCGCGCGACCCAAAUUAUCGUAAUGGCCAUUAAUAGAUCCUACGGAAAUCGAUGAAUUAUAUUGAUGGUGGAAAUCAGUUUAUUUCGUAGGUCUUUAUACCUUCCAAUGGACGAGCUCUCGCUCGUUCGUUUUAUCGCUGCCUAUUAUUUUAUCCGCCAACUUUCAGUGAGAUCAAUUUUGUGACUUUUGAUGUUUUCGACAUGAAAUUGCUUUGCCAAAAAUGACGUCGCGUUAUUAUCAUCAUUGGCUCUGCGCCCUUUCGAGAGACGAGGAUAAAACAAAACAAUUAAUAUCAAGGGAAAGCACAUGAAAAAAAUGUGUCUUUGCAAGACAUUUAUCGUAUGUUUCGUCGACGACCUGUUUCCUAUAUUCGUUUCGAUAUUACGUUUCACGUGAGAAAAACAUCGUAAGCUUGCUGUUCAAUGAACAUAUUAUUGUACAUUCGAUAUCGGCGAUCUUCUCUCGUUCAACGUCGCUUCGCGUUUUACGAAGGGAUGGCCCUCCGGCUGGAAAACGACUCGCAUUAUGUCAAUGCGAGAGGACGUUGAUAUAGACUACUUCGAAAAGUGCAUUACCGGCGUUUCUCGCGUUUGUUCCCCGCCCGGGGCUUAUUUAUCGCUCCAAGGGCCGAGUCGCGGGCUGACUUCAAGUCGCAGCUGCUGUCUGUAAUGGAGUUGCGUACUGGCGCGCCGUCAUAUGUGAAGCAAGAAGUUGGGCGCGACGGGGAAGGGAAAGCAGUAGCCGACUCGAGAACAGACGUGAUGGAGGGACGAAGAACCUCGAGAAAAAGUAAAUACUCUGUGCAUCAAGCGUACGAAAGCUGCGCGGGAUAGCGAGCGCGCAAAAAAGAACGAACGGCCCUCGGGGGCGAGAGAGCGCGAAAAGGGGAGAGAAAGAAUAGUAUCACUCGAGAAACACGCGAGAUGACACGUGAAAUGAUACGAGAAUAUUCGACGUACAAGCUGAUAUCGCGCGAAGAAACGGGUAAGGAAAGAUGUAGCGAUAAAACAAGGGGACAGGGGGACGUCGCGUCGCGUCGCAUCGCGUCGGUGGGGAGAUACACGCGGAAAUAACCCGGGACAUUAUCAUGGUAGAAGAAACCGGACGACCGGGACGACACUUUGAUGCAUGGAGGGUGAACGCGGAUCAGAAAGAAAUCCACUCUCGCGGAUCGCAAAAAUCCGUCGUGGAUCGAAAAAAAAGUGCGAACGCAAGGUUGCCGCUGUCGCGCGAGGUGAGAGAGGUCGGAGGAGAGAAUCCGCGCGACCGCUGACAUCCGUAAGUGGAGUGGCAGCGAGUGCAAUAAAAAGUAAGCGAAACGGGGAAAAUCCAAUUGAGGGGAGCCGCGACCGCGCACAGGCAAGAACGGAACGCGGGUUCUCAGGGAAAGAGCGAGAGGAAAGGGAAGAAACGCGAGAGCGCAUCUCUCGCGAAGAAAAAAAAGACAAAGAAUCGAAAGACAUGCGCGAGGCGAGAUAGAAACGUGAAAAGCGCCGCUUAAGAGACACAGCGACGAUUUGCGAACAGUCGAGAAAAAUGCGAGGAACGCCAAGAUAAAUAACAGGAGGGAAGGAGACUCAAAGUACAGAAGAAGAAUUACGGGCGAGCGGAUGACGCGCGUCCGUCGAUCGCUCCGAAGAGAGCGCGUCUCGAAAGGAAAACGAGACGAGAUGGCUGGCAGAGCGGCAGGGGGAUGAUUGUACGUAAUUCAGUCCAAGCAAAAAAGCGUGAACGAGAUUGCCGAAACUUGCUAGAAAAUACAUGCAAAGAGAGAAAGAGAGAGAGAGAGAGAGAGAGAGAGAGAGAGAGAGAGAGAGAGAGAGGAGAGAGAGCGGGGAGAGGAUAUUUUGAAGAGGACCGUGAAUAACGAAGAGUCAGGAAGCGCUGUUCUUGGGGAUGAACCGAAGACAGAGGAAGGAGACGGUAGAAAGGACCGGAAUAAUGAGAGAAAAGGACGAUGCGAAGAGAAGAGACGGGCGCGACAGAGAGAAAUCGAGUGGGCACGCGGAGGAUGGCGCGAAGAGGUGAUGAGGGUGGUGGUGUACGAAGGAGCGCCACGUUGGAGGUACGCUGGCAAGUAUAGUAGGAGUGCUCGAACGCGUUGGCCAGGGGUGAGAGGGAGAGAAAGAGAGAGAAAGAGAGAGAGAGAGGACAUGUCGAGGGAGGGGGUGAGGUGACGUCACGCCGGGUCGAUACUCACUCAUACUACUCCUCCGCGUGCGGCGACACGGUAACCCCUCGGCGGUGGCGCACGCGCGCCUUUUACCCCUUACUCGUACCGCCGACACUCGUACUCGCUCCUGAACGUCGCUUCCCGCCAUAUUAGCCACCAUGGGGUAGGCGAGGAUGUGCGACAGGGGUGGCUCGGGGUGCUUCUUCUUCCGCAAGGAGGGCCGGGGGGAAGUGACAGACAUAAGCGCAAGUCCUGGGAGGCAGGCACCUGCCAACCAGUUGCGCCCCAAGGAACCACCCCCCAUGGUCAUUCAAGGAGACUUCAGGAAGGUGAGCGGGAUCAGUACAGAGAUCUUCAAGCAGAUCGAGACUGUCGAAAACGAUCAUGACGCAUCGACAGCGGCGGCUCUCGAAGCUGUUGAGCGGAGAGGCGAGAUGGUCGUGCGUGUCAUUGAGCCUCGGCAAAUGGGUAGACAGGCUUCCGAGGCGGCGAAAAAAUUUAUUGCUAUGCAGGAUCCUAAGCACCCCAUCCACUUCGUCGAGAUAAUCAAACGACCGGGACAGACCCUUGGCCUCUACAUACGUGAGGGCAACGGCGUCGACAGGAAUGACGGGGUCUUUAUCUCUAGGAUAGCCUUGGAGACCGCCGUGUACAACAGCGGCUGCUUGAAGGUGGGCGACGAGAUCCUGGCGGUGAAUCUGGUCGAUGUGACGCACAUGAGUCUGGACGACGUCGUGAUCAUCAUGUCGAUACCGAGGCGACUCGUCCUGGCCACGAGACACGGCCCGCAUCAACCAGUUUCGCACAGUCGCCAGUCUGAGCACAAGGCACCGCCCGUGGUAGUCAUCAAGAGGGAUUUGAAUGAGGACGAGAGUGACCACGCGACGAGUAAUCACGUCAGGGAUGGAGCUAGCCGUAGACGAGGUGACGGACGCGAAAUGUUGCCAUCGCGAUCGAGACUCGGUCUCACGGGUUUGGGGUCGAGCCAGGAUCUCGGAUCGAGCAACGGCGAUCUGUACUACAAUUCACGGCCGGAGGGUCACUGGUCCUAUCAACCGCCGCCGCCGCCGGUUAUCACGCACCAGCCGAAACCUUCGUCAACCCAACACUUUCAGCCGUAUGAGCGUGGUUAUCCGAAAACGUUGGAGAGCUUGGCAGAGAAAGAUUUUACAAAGGUACACCCCUUCUACACGGGCCCCAUGAUGCCCUCGAACGGCAGCCGACGUAUGUCGGCGGGUGGCGGAAUGCAAUCAGUCGGCGGCAGAUUGUCGGGCCAAACCGCGCAGUCUACCCAUUACGGCUAUGGCCAGCACACCGGAAGCGGAAGGAUCAUGCCGAGGAGUGGUUCCGACCAGCACCUACCCCGAGUCGAUUACACGAGCAUCACGACGCCGGCGCGACAUACCCUUCUUAGAUCCAGCUUGAAAUCAGGUACGUCAGCAUUGCGUUACAACCCGAGGUACGGACAGACUGACGUAACGUCCGCCGCACAGAGACAAGGACAAUUCGGCACCUUGACGAGGCGGCAUCGUCCGUCGUUGGACUAUGCCUCCGACACCGAGGCUACGUGCUCCAGUUCGCCAAAAUCAGCGUAUUACUAUUAUAGGCACAAUAUGAGCAAUCCAUCUCAGAGCAGCGCCGUGUCGCAUUUAGCUACCCUAUCGAGGUCACAAAUCGGUCAGAGUUCCUCAGGUUUAAGGUCGAAUUCACUACCACGAAGCGGUCGAACGUUGCCUCAGCAACCUGGUCUCAGAUCGGGCCUCAGCACGGUCGCGUCGGGCCUGAUCGAUCAAGAGGACAGUGACGGCGCCCUAUCGGCGCCGGAAUUGCCUUCCAUCAGGCGUGACAGAGGCAGGAUACCGUCCUCGCCGAGUGUAUUCACAUCGGACGAGUACCGCGCCUGGCUGAGCCGCACGCCGAGUACCAGCGCCCUGUACGAGCAGAUCAGGGCGACCACAAGUAGACCACCUCGUUAUACGUACAGUGCUGAGAACAUUCACGCAGCCGUCAAUCAGGGUGACUACGGCACUUACGGUGGGUACAGACAGCUCUCGACCACGCUCGAUCGACUGUCGACGAGAUCGGCCUCGGCCCAGCAGGUCAAUCUCGCGAACCUGAGAGCGUCGACGGCGAUCAGCUCGACGUGCCAUCGCGGUACAACGAAUCCGAGGCCAGCCUCGGUGGCUUCGAGCGCGCGCUCAUCGCUGGCAGCUCAGAAAGCGUCGCUGACGAGUUCCGCGAGCCAACGGGCGACGUCGGUCAGAAGAAUCAGAAACCUGUUCGACUUGGAGUCCACGAGAAGCAUACCCACCCCAACGCCUACCAGAACUCAGGGUCAAAUACUGCUAGAUAUUAAUCCUGCGGAGUUCCUCAAGUAUAAAAUAGAGAAGCCGCCGACUGUGGGCACUCCGAGCUCGACGAGCUCGCUUUUGAGCUCGCUCGGGGAAUCGACCGGCGGCGAUUUGACAAGCGGCGUUAGCGGAUUGUUAUCGGUCCAUCUUUUAGCAGGGCGUGGCCUCCGAUCGACUACGACCUCAUCGGCUGCCACUACACCUUCCACUCCCUCAGGUCAGCCGAAUUUAGCUAGUUGCGGCUUGAGAGACUUGUACUGCGUAUUGGAGUGCGACAGGGUGCACAAAGCUCGUACGGUAGUGCGAACCGGCGAUCUGAUGUUUGACUGGGACGAAACCUUCGAGCUGGACCUCGUAGGCAAUCGGCAGCUGGAUCUGCUCGUAUAUUCUUGGGACCCACAGUACAGACAUAAACUCUGUUACAAGGGAUCGGUACAUUUAGCGAGUCUGCUGAAGGAGUCGCCAGAACAUCAGCUGGCUGUCAAGGUUGAGCCACGUGGCACAAUCUAUUUAAAACUACGAUACACCGAUGCCCAACAAACUUUCCGUCGAAGGGGUCUGCCGGUCAUAUCAUUAGCUACGAGGGUAGCGCCUCUCUUCGGGGUUGAUUUAGAUACAGUGGUAAGUCGAGAAACCAAGACUGGUGGAGUUCCCGGUGGAGUUUCCACGGUUUUGGCGAUGGGUAUUCCGAAUGUUCCGAUUAUCGUGUGGCGUUGCGUCGAAGAGGUGGAGAGAAGAGGACUUGACAUUAUCGGUUUGUACAGACUUUGUGGUUCGGCCACCAAGAAAAGGAUACUUAGGGAAGCUUUCGAGAGAAACGCGCGAUCCGUGAAUCUGUCGCCCGAUAACGUGCCGGACAUUAAUGUCAUCACCGGUGUACUAAAGGAUUAUUUGCGAGAACUUCCGGAACCUCUCUUCACGAAGUGCCUCUACCAGAUGAUGGUCGACGCACUGGCCGUCUGUUUGCCGGACGACCCGCAGGGCAACGCUAAGCUUAUGUUCAGUAUACUAGAUUGCCUGCCUAAGGUCAACAGAUGCACGUUGAUCUACUUGUUGGAUCACCUAGCGAUGGUAGUAUCACAGUGUAAUAAAAUGUCACCGGCAAGUCUCGCCGUUUGCUUCGGUCCGGUAUUGAUGUUACACUCGGAAGAAAACGGACCUCCGAUGGAUUUCCAACAACCGAUCGCCGUGCUUAAGUAUCUGUUGGAGAUUUGGCCAGUAAAGUCAGUUCGGAAGACUUCUUCAGUCGGUUCAACACUUCCUCGAGUUACGCCAGUAGUCGAGCGCAGCAACAGUCAGCAGCAUCUGCAGCAAGCGCAGCAGCAAGUGCAGCAGCAGCUGCAGCAACAUGUGCAGCUGCAGGGAACAUUGGGACGCACAGGGCUGCCCUGGCAGCAGCCACCCUCACUUCAUCAUCAACCCCAAACUACGGUAGCCGCAAUCCUCGGACCCUCCAUUCGUCCUCCACCACCACCGGUCAAGCCUCGGCAGGUGAUAGUCUCGUCUCCCGGUUCACCUAGCAGCGAGGAAUCGGAGGCCUCGCCAGAGCCAAUUAACAAGAGCCUCCUGGGCAAUUUGGGGUACGAAAAGAACGACGAGACGGCGACGACGACGACGACGACGACAUCGAGCACGACGUCGGGCGGUAUUGGCAUCGGCAUUAACACUGGUACGGGCGUCGGCGUUGAACAGGUGACGCCUACGAGCAGCGUCGACACCGAGGAGGGUAAUCCCCAGCAUCCCGAGGAGGGCGAGAAAGGCGUGGAGGGUGACGUCGAGGCAAGCGACGACGAUCGACAUCAGCAUAUACCCAAGACGCACUAAUCGCGACUCGCCGUCGUCGCGCGGGUGUGCGCAGUGAGUAACGGAGAGAGGCCACGGAGAUGACCAUUCCUCAAGAACGUAGACGAAUUGAGGGCUGCUUCAUCGCUUCAUACUUGUAGUAGUAGAAGUAGUAGUGACGGAACGAAAGACAAAUCGAAAAUUAGACCGAUUGGCUCGGAAAAUAAAACGAAUUUGCAGAAAGCGACUUAGUUAAUUUUAUUAAAAUCGUUAAUUGUAGAGUCGUUUCGUGAAUAUUCUCGGAUCAUCAGGGCUGAUUGUUUAACUUUAAAUACGAAAUAGGAAAAAAGUAUUGCACGGUGCUAAUAUUUGAAUAUCGAUUCGUAACGAUCUUCGUUACGCACCCCCCAAUCAAGAGUUACGGUGGUUAAUUGAUUCCAAUUUAUUAUGUUGAGUAUGAUUGCUCGUGAGGAGUUGUUAAAGUUAAGCGAGAGGAGAAUAAGCGGAGAGAUGGUCUAGCUCGGUCAGUGUUACUACAUUAUGCUGGAGCGUAGUGAAAUAAAAACUAGUAAAUUUCUCCUUCGAAUGUCACGUCUCGAUUUAUCGCCUCUUCCAAUCGAAAUGGAAUUUCGUGAAAAACGAAACGUGAUGUACCGAAUUACUGUAAUAUAUUUAAUGAAACAUAACCGUAAAAGGGUAGCGCUAACCGAGAGAUGGUUGAGAAUCAAACCAAGAGACACGGAUACUACGAUCGUUACUCGUCAUAGGAAGAUAGAUCAGGAAUCGAUAUACGUGCACUCAUUCCGUCAGAAGCAAUUGCGACGCGGGCCGAACCGGCAGACAAGUAUUUUAACAAGUUUGAAGAUGGUUUACGUUACGUUAUUAAAAAGUCGCUGCUGAGAAAGCAGCUUAUACAAUUCGAACACGCUCAGUCCUCCGAACAUCACGGGAAUUUCUCUGAGAACACGUAAUGGCCUUUCAAGUAAUAAUCUCUCAAAGCAGAUGUUGGCUCGCAGAUGGAUCAAUCACGCGCACUUUACCAUCAACGCCCUUUUCCGGGAAAAUCCAUCAAGGAGAAAGAUGGAAAUAGAGAAGGAGAAGAAGGGGACAUUGUCCCUCCGUGUCGUCAUCGUCGGCAUUACUAACGUCAACACGAUCAACAUGAACACACAACACACGGAACUUAAAGCGAGCGAGCCGGUCAACGAAGAGAGGCGCACGUGGCAUACAUAAUAAUCAGUUUAUAUGCAAUAUACUAUAUAUAUAUACAUAUUAUAUAUACAUAUGUAGACUAGUCACGAUAUUACGUGUGUGCUUUUGAUAAAAAACUAUUACUUGUAGCAUUAGCUAGCUCUCGUAUACAAAAAACAAAAGGAUACAUGAACAAACAAACUGACAAACCAACAAACAGCUAAACUAUACGAUAUACAUAAUAUAUAUAUAUAUAUAUAAAGAUGUUAUACAUACGCUGGGGAAGAGGAGAGCGCGAGGACACGGCGGUGUUUCUAUAUGUCGACAAUAGGACACACAGGCGGAUUCGUUUGCGUAUAGAUAUAGUAUCGGGCAAUCAACUGGCUAUUGUAUCAAUACCGGACGAUCGAUUGUCCGAGAUUGGGUCGCGGAUGAUUAGAACAGGAGAAGAAGCCGCUACGCGCGCGGGAGGAACUGACCGAAAACGAUAAUAAUUACAAGUAAACAGAGAGAAAUGCUACGGUUAAUUACCUAUACUUUUAAAAAAGGAAAAACGAGUAAAAAGUACCCAGUAUUAUUAUACGUCUAAAAACUGUAAAACGAUGACCGAACGAGAAGCAGAGCGAGAGAGUGAGCGAAUGAGAGCGCGAAAAAGAAAAAAGAAAGAGAAAAAGAGGGAGAGAGAGACGCGCGAAUGGAGUAACAUGAAAAUAACGAAUGAUUAGGAAAGAAAGAAGAAUUAAAUGUAGACGCAACCGUCGUCGCAGCGAUCGUUGAGAACGAUCAAGCGACGAAUGAAAUCACGCACUACAAUCCGGAGCGAAGCCACGAGCGCCGCGCGGUCGCGAUUCUCUCUCGUUAUAGUUGUCGCUGCAACACACCGUUAUCGCACGAUCUCUCGCUCGUGGCUUGGCUCGCGAUGAAGAAAAAAAAAAGAUUAAGGAGCACUGUAAUCUGUAUAAAUACGCACGUAUAAAUAGAUAUUAUACACAUCUGCGUAAUUACUUCUUUCCGCACAGUUAGCGUUACCGCGCGAGAAGUACUCAAAGGGUUUAAGGGCGAAAAGACAGGUCGGCGGGGCGAGAGAAAAGGGGGGAGAAAGGGUAAAGUUUUAAUUGAAGUAGCCGCGAAACCGAGACUAAUUGUAUAGCUGAGUGUAACAUGUACAUAUAUAUCUAUACAUAUACGAGCCGCAAUCCUAGCUGUAUUUCCAGCCCCAGACCGGAUGACUGUCGUUCGAUGUGUGUGUGUGUGUGUGUGUGUGUAUGCGUGCGAGUGAAUGCCGGGUACCGAGGUGUCCUCUUCCGUUUCUUUCCCCGCGGAUUUAGGAACGGAAAAAGCAAAAGUAAAAUUCGUGAGCAAAAGUCGAUAGCGAGCCUUUCGUUUUCGAAACAAGCGCCCACUUAAAACGAAACUAGUUGCGGGACAUUUUCGCUAUAAAUCAUUGGUCACGAGAAUCGAAUAAAAUAUAUAUUUACAAGUAAA